AGUGGAGGUCCGCAGAGUUUGGGCGCCAGGCGAGACGGCAGGGCUUAAAGUUCCGGGUGAGGCGUGGGUCCCACAACCGCUUGGAAUUUGCCUCCCGGCUCCGCUCUGGAAGCUAAGAAGGGGCACGAGAGCCGGAGACGGGAACCUGAGAGCAGGGAAGCCAGUAGCCGGCCAGAGGAGCGCGCGGCCGUUCGGGUCGGAAGGAGCCGUUGCAGCCUUGUCCGGCGUGCGGCGGGGUCAGCGAGGCCCCUGCGGUGCUUCGCCCGCUUCUUCCGCUCCGCGCUCACCGGCCCUCUGGGCCUCCCACAGGAAUCAAAGAUCAACUCCCACUGAGGACAAAUGGACCUGUAAUUCCGGGUGUGACGAGAGAAUGAGAUUUACCUUCCUGAAUUAAAAAACAGGUCAUUAAGCUUGGGCCCUGACUCUUCUUCGUGAGAAGGUACAGAGAUGGAAACCUUACAAUCCGAGACUAAAACGAGGGUCCUUCCCUCAUGGCUGACAGCCCAGGUGGCUACAAAGAAUGUGGCACCAAUGAAGGCCCCCAAGAGGAUGAGAAUGGCAGCAGUGCCAGUGGCAGCAGCAAGACUCCCUGCGACAAGGACUGUGUACUGCAUGAAUGAGGCCGAGAUAGUCGAUGUUGCUCUGGGAAUCCUGAUUGAGAGCCGCAAACAGGAAAAGGCCUGCGAGCAGCCGGCCCUGGCGGGGGCUGAUAACCCAGAGCACUCCCCUCCCUGCUCCAUGUCGCCUCACACAAGUUCUGGGAGCAGCAGUGAGGAAGAGGACAGUGGGAAACAGGCACUGGCUCCAGGCCUCAGCCCUUCCCAGAGGCCGGGGGGUUCCAGCUCUGCCUGUAGCAGGAGCCCUGAGGAGGAGGAGGAAGAGGAUGUGCUGAAAUACGUCCGGGAGAUCUUUUUCAGCUAGGGCAUAAACUGUGCACCGAACUGUCUGCCGAGAGCAGCUGGAGGACAGCUGAGCUUCCACUGGUGCUGCUGGGCCGCCCGCCUGUGGGAAUGGGGCUCUCUGUGCUCCUACCUUUGUGCCUUCUUGGGCCUGGCAGAUUCACCUCAGGCCAGAAGCCCCUGGACACUCCAGGCCUUGGGGCUGCCGUUCUGAGUGUGCGGAAGGCAGGACUCAAAAUGAGAUCCCAUUCGACUCCCUCUGUAUGUACUGUGCCCUCUCCCGGCUCUUGAGGCUCUGGAGUCCCAAUUGUCUGUGUUAGUCAGUGACCAGGUUCCAGGGAAAAUGAUGUCAUGUGGUGGUCCAACUUACUGGAACCAAAGAGACAGUACUUUGCAAAGAAAAGGAUCACUGCCAGGUGCACUGGAAUUGCUACAGUUUAGUCCGCAUGAUCUCUCCUGAAGGAGGAAGCCUGUUUCAAAAAUAGUUUCCAUCAUGAGUCUAUCAAUGAGCUCCCACCUCUCCAGCCAGCCUAGAAAGCAAACGAGCUGCCCACAGUUCUCUGCCCUGUCUGGGAGGUUGAGGCCACAGUGUAUAGACUGGUAAGCCAGACAGGCCUCCUCCCGCAAGCUGCUACCUUGCUUUCACCUGUACCUUGGUCCCCGGGCAGCUAGCUAUAAAGCAAGAGGGACAGGAGCCCAGAAGAGACACUGAGGACAAGAGAUCACACCAGAGUACAUGUCUCUGCCUCUGUUUUCAGUGUGGCUUUGGACAGGAAUAUAUGAAUAAAUCACUGCCAUACAGGUUUUCCAAUACACAAGUGCUGGAAAAUACACACAGUUCCCCAAUG